AAGGUAACGCGUCUGAGACGCGGGAGAAUGUAGUAAAGCUGUUACAGCCUCGGGCAGCCUUACAAUCACCGGGAUCAGGUAGUGCGGUUGGUUGCAUAUGGGUUGACGCGCUGAACGCAAUGCAAAAAAUGCCACACUGACAGGAACUCAUUAGACUCAAAAGGAAAGAAAAACGAGGAGAGGAAGAAAAAAGAAACGGCGAAAAAUGACAUCUCCGGAAGGCGAUGACCUCGACCGUCUUCUAGGGGACCUUGAGGCGGCUUCCAAGGUGCCAGCGAAGCGCCGUCAGGUUAGCAUCAAGUCCACCGUCGAGAGAAUAGCAUCGCUCCUCAACGACCGGGGCGCGCUCCCGGAUGAGCUGGCGCGCAUUGUCGAACUGGUGACUGUCCGGAACCAAUUGGACCAGGCCAGCCUCGCCGCCAUUCUCCGGAACCUGUAUCCGUUGGGGAAGGUCAGCGAUGAGGUCGUCUUGCGCAUUGUCGGUGCGCUGGGUCACGGCCAGCUCAAGCCUUUACUCCCUCUCCAGGCUUUGAUGCUCCGGUGGCUUGUGAUGGUCUACCACCUGCUGGAGAAGCCGGCCAUCCUGUCACAGACAUACGGCGUUCUGUUCGGCCUGCUCGAUACCGCUGCAAUCAGACCGCCGCUGUGCCAUCUCCUUGCGCUGGUGACGAGGCGAAAGCACGUGAGGGCAUUUCGCAUACAGGCCAUACUCAACCUGUUCCGGCAAACGGGCGGCGACCCCAACCUGACGGGUCUGCUACGCGUCUUCAAGAACUACUAUCCGGAGAUCAUUGUGGGCGACGCCACCAAAGGGCGAGCAGCAGCCUUCAAGCACCCCGAUCCGCAGUGGCGUGCAAGGCUCGACGAGAUCCAGCAACAGCACUCCGAACACCAGGACGAUGGGGGAGUCAGGAACGGCUUUGCUGUCAACCAUGCCCUGGGUCGGCGGCUGAAAGGGACGAAAGCUCUGUUCCCAACCGUCCACACCCUCCACGCCCACGAGGACUCGGUCACCCUGGAAGAGAUCGACAGCGCCGAGUCGUUGGCCAAAAAUCUCGAGAAGAUCGAGCUGCCGAGCCAGCUUGUUGCCGUCCUGGCCGAUCCGCUCCUCCAGAAGCUCCUACUCUUACGGCCAGAUGCGGAGGCUUCGUCCCGCAUCUCCAACUGGUUGAUGGCAUGCGUGGAUGACGUCGCCAGAGGAGAUGCUGACCCGGCUUACUUGGAGGACAUGCUCGAAGUGGUUCACGACUAUGCAGUCUCCACCAAGACAUUGCCCCCGUUAUUACUCACUUUCUUCGAGCGGUAUCUGAGCGUCUGGAAUGGAUCCCACAAUAGGGAUUUGGUCUUCGAGGCCUUGAGCUUCGUCCCAUUGUUGGAAUUCAAGGCUCUGUCCAGGAUUCUCGAACUGCUGGAGCAUGCAGUACUGGACAACACGCCAGCCUCCCAGGUGUCCGUUCUGAAAUUCUACACCCUCCUUCUCCGGCGUUGGGCAGUCACCGUGGAGGUCUCAGGGCAUCUCGACUCCCUGCCAUGGGCCUCAAUACCAGAACUUAUCCAGCGCGUCAACAGGCUCGCCCUGACGCUGACACAAACCUCCCCCACUGUCGGCACUUACCUAGCCAUCCUGGACUCCCUUGCGGCUUCCUCCCGACUGUACUCCAACCCGGAGAUGCUACAGCACAUAGAGAUAACGAUUCCGCCUCCCACCCUCGUCUACCUCUUAUUCUUCAGCCCGUCGCUAGCAGUCAUGUCACGGCUGUGCGGCGUGUUGGUCGCCUAUAAGCGUGCCCUGGAGGCCGUCAUGUCCCCGUCGGCUGGGCGCGAGCUGUCGCAGCGCGAGAAGCCCCAGGUCAACGUGUUCAAUGGCUUCCUAAUGGACCUUUGCAACUGCCUGUGGCGUGGCCGUGCCUUCUCCACGACGGACGUCAAUGCCCAGGGGUGCCGCAUCCCGCAAUCGAUCCAACCAGCACUCCAGUCGUACCUACGGGCAGCAGACCCGGACCUCUCGCUGAGUACGGCGUUUGACUUGUCGCACUCGCCGCUGCUGUGUCUCCAGUCUAUCUCCUCCGUGCGGUUGCUGGAGGAAGUUGACUUGGAGGGAAUCCGAUCCAGACACGCCGGGCCCGUAACGCAGUCUUCGCUAAGCCAGCUCGCUCAUCGGGGAGGUCUGAAUCUGUCGUGGCAAGAGUAUAGGGCUGGCGUUCUGGAUCACCUGGAAUCGCAGGGGUUUUCGGGUGUCUCUCAGCUGAUGCACAACACGAUGAAGAAUCUCAUGAAGGCGAAAAGGUGACGAUGAGUCAAGGACAUUAUAUGGAAGAUAACCCCCCACCCCGUGUGUAUAGCGAACUCGGAACGAUAAGUGGACAAUCUGUGUUGAUGCGGACUGUCGUGAGUU